AUGGCUCAGAUCGGCGAGUUUCUGGGUUUGGCGCCUCCCGGCUUCGCUCCCAUGAACUCAUUCUCCUUUCUCAGCAACCAGAGUGUUGCCUCCAACAGGCCUUUCUUUUGCGAUAUUACCGACGUGGGUGACUUGUACACUGUCAUCCAUGUAGUCAUUCUUCCGCAGACACCUCAGGACUCAGUCUCUGUUGGCGGCUCCCCGAAUGGCUUCUCCCACAAUGCCCACAACGGCCAUAACGGUGCCAACGGUGCCAACGGUAUCAAGGGUCAUGCUCAGGAUGUUAACGGGCGCCCGAUUACCCCAACCCAGCUGGACCAGUUUAUCAUCAAGCUCCUCAGCGCUGGCGUCAAGGAACCCCGUCUUUCCGACUUCGACAUUUCCCAUUUCACACUCAUUUUUCCCAAGUUCGCGGGAUCUGCUGUCCGCUCGAACCUCCUGGAGCACCGCCUCCAAGACUGCCCGUAUCCCAUCACCCGCAUCGACGACCGCCUAAUCGCUCGAGAGGAUCAGGAUAUUCGUUGGCAAAGGAAGCUGACCGGUGGCGGUCCCAGCGCAAACCUUGCUCUUCUCGCCGAACACGCUGCCGGGGUUAUCCAGUGGCGUGAUAUAUCCAGCUCCUUUUCAGUCCAGCAGUUGCAGCAGCAUCUUGUCUGGAUCAAGCAGGAACUACACGAUAGGCUGCACAAUGUCCCUUGUGUACUGCCGGGAGAUCCCAUUAAGGAGAAGACGGUGGCUCUCAUCAGGGGUCGCCCCAACCUGAUGACAGGCGGUCCGGUAUAUUCUGCGGCCAAAGCACUUGGCCUUGACCUCGUCAUCAUCGACGAGCCUGGUCAUUGGCUUGAAGUCGAUACCCCUGAGAAUCGCAAGCUCCGCGAGGCAUUCCUCAGCACUGACAUGACAGAGGACGAAGGUGUGACCGAUCGCAUCGUGCAGUCGAUUAACAGAUACGGAAAGCCGAUUCAUGGUGUCUUCACGCUGUCCGACAAUUUCUUUGUCACAGUUGCCAAGGUUGCUGAGCGCCUUGGUCUCCCCUCCGGCCCAGUCUCAGCCUUCGAGACAGCCGUCGACAAGUUCAAGUCUCGCAUGCUUCAGGACUCCCCCGGCCAUACAGCCUCCGUGUUCAGCGUCCAAGAGCUUCACACUCUCCUCUCUGCGCCCCUGGAUGGCUACCAGCCGUUCUUCACCCCUGUCUUCCCCAUGAUUGUCAAACCUACCAAGGGCUGGUCGUCGGAGUGUGUCUCCAAAGUCGCCAAUAUCAACGACCUCGCUAUCGCUGUGCAAAAGGCCACGGCGCGUCACAGUUCGGCGGCAGUUAUUGAGCCCUUCUACGACGGUCCCGAGAUCGAUGUCAACUUUGUGCUUCUUGACGGCGAGAUUCUCUUCUUCGAGAUUGCGGACGAGCCCCCCUGUGAGGCCGACGCUUCCAACGCCACAGUGCACGACACCUUCUCGCCAGUUGCCCUUACCAUGCCGUCCGCCCUGCCCGCCGACGAGCAAGAGAUUGUCAAGAAGACUCUGCAUCAUAUUCUGCUCAACAUGGGCUUCCACACGGGAAUUUACCAUCUCGAAGCCAGAGUGAUCAACUCGAAAUACGCCUACCGCUACAUCGCCCCGGGUGUUCUCGACCUUGUCCCCCGCCACCCUCGCGAACUCCUCCCAGGCAGGCCCGAGUGCAAGUUGAUUGAGAUCAACGCCCGCCCGCCCGGAUACCGCGUCUCCGUGCCCUCCCGCCAUACCUAUGGGGUUGACUACUUUGCCAUUCGCAUGCUCGCCGCGCUGGGUGACAAGGGCCGCCUGCGCGCCAUGUCCGUUCCCUUCUCUCACCACGGCGACAGCCGCACCUUUGGCGCUCAGUACUGGUCUCGCCUCGUCUACAUCCCGGUCCCGAAGGACGGCGUCUUGAUGUGGAGAGAGGGGCGCGUUAGCCCGUCCGAGGACUUAAAGUUGCGCCGUCCCGAUCUGGCUAAGCACAUCGUUCUGGCGGUCGACUACUUCGCGGAUGGAGACAAAGUUAGCACUUUCACCGACGGAGCGAGAACUUAUCUUGGACAUAUCCUUGUCAAAAGCACUUUUAGCCGCAAGAUGGCUAUUGAGCUUGGCAACGAGGUGCUCAUGGCGUAUGAGGUUGACAUCGAUGAUGAUAUCGUUGAGGAUGUGGAGGCUAUGGUCAUUAAGGAUGACGAUGAGUCAGACAUUGGAGAUGAGGACAGUGGCAUGUCCGACCACAGUGAGGAGGACGAGUCCGACUCCGACUACUGA